UUUUCGGGAAUUCUCUCCGCAGUUUUCGGCUCCUACACCGACGUCACUCCCCGGCAAUUCUUCAACGUCCAGCUGGACACGGAGUACCGGAAGAAGUGGGACUCGCUGGUGCUGAAGCUGGACGUGGUGGAGCGGGAUCCGGCCUCGGGAUCCGAGGUGAUCCACUGGGUCACGCAGUUCCCGUAUCCGAUGUAUUCCCGGGAUUACGUUUACGUCCGGCGCUACAGCGUCGACAGCGACCGCAACCUCAUGGUGCUCGUGUCCCGGGCCGUGGAACAUCCCGGAAUUCCCGAGGAUCCGGAGCACGUCCGGGUGCGCAGCUACGAAUCGCACAUGGUGAUCCGGCCACACCGAGGCUUCGAUGAGAACGGAUUCGAUUAUCUGCUGACGUACAGCGACAACCCCCAGACCGUCUUCCCCCGCUACUGCCUGAGCUGGAUGGUGUCCAGCGGAAUGCCGGAAUUCCUGGAAAAGCUGCACUCGGCGGCGCUGAAGGCCAAGAAGAUGGAGCUGGAAGUUCGGGAUUAUCUGAGCCCCGGGAAAAGCGCGGAGCCGCGCGGAGCCGCUCGCCUCGAGUACGCCUGAGCCGCGGAAAACCGGGAAUAGCGGCGGGAAUUCCCGGGAGAAACGU